GUCUGAGUAUAAUAUCCUGUAUAAUUCUUUGAGGUAAAAAAUUACCUUGUGACUUAAUUUAGAUGAACAACUAAAGAAUACAGUGAUAUUUUUAUCAUGGAUAAAGACAGAAAAGGAAAAGAUAGGAAGAGCACAAGUUUUUUUCAUCGUCCAAAGAAGAAAGAUGAAAAAGAUAAAAAAGCUAGCACUCUUCCUGGGUUGUCAGAAGGAAUUGCUGGAAUGGCCAUGGAAAGUAUGUCUCAGUGGGAGGUCAAUGAAAAGUUUGAGAUAAUGCUGGACAACCUGAAUUUGACUGAGGAGAAGAAGAAGCCCUUAAGGCAGAAAGGCAUGGAAGAGAAAAAGGCCAUGUUGAGAAUGCAGUUGAAUGCUGACAAAAUUGAGGUGGGAUCAGAUCAUCCUGCAGCAUUUCUUGAAAAGUUGAACAAUCCAGAGUUACAGGGAGAAGAGAGACUAGAGAUAUUUAAGUCUCUGAAGGUUUUACUGACAAGUAAACCAGUCAGCUGGGUGAAAGAAUUUGGUGAAGAUGGUUUGAAUAUGCUGUUGAAACAUCUUGUUCAUUGCUGCAACAGAACAAAGGAAACCAUGAGGAAAGAAGAGAGGCAAAGUAGACUGGAAUGUGUGAAGUGCAUAAAAGCUUUCAUGAACAAUACUUUUGGCCUGACAAAGAUGCUUGAGAGUGACGAAGGGCUCUCCAUUUUAUCCCGGUGCUUAGACCCAACUGACCCAGACACCAUGAUGUUGUGUGUCAGUAUUUUGGCUGCAGUCUGUAUCUACAACCCACCACUUGGACAUGAGAAGGUGUUGGAGGGUCUGACCAUCAGUGCUGAGAUGAAGGACAUGGAUCGUUUUGACAUGAUCAUCACUGGUCUGGGUAUGGGGAUAAAUCUUCCUCUCCAGGUCGGCUGUAUGCAGCUGGUCAAUGCCAUCAUCUGUACACCUCAGGAUCAACUAGAUUACAGGCUUCAUCUCAGAAACGAGUUCAUGAGAUGUGGGCUCCAAAACAUGAUCAAGCAUCUAGAUGAACAGGAUAAUGAAGAGCUUCAGGUACAGCUGGGAACAUUUCACGGCCAGGCGGAUUACGAUCAGGAGGAGAUAAUCCAAAGAUUCGAACUCACCAAAGUGGACAUGACAGAUGCUGAUCAUUGCUUUGAAAUGCUGAAGCAGAUGAAUUCUGCGGACAAGGAGAAUGAGCGAUGCUUCCUGUCCAUCCUUCAGCACCUGCUCUGUGUGAGAGAUGACUUCUUUGUCAGGACUGAGUAUUAUCGACUGAUAGAGGAAUGUCUGACCCAGAUCGUUCUACACAAAGACGGAGUAGACCCCGACUUCAAGAAGACUAAAAGAUUCGACAUCAAAACGGAGAAGUUCAUAGAUGAGCUUGGAGAAAGAAGGAAGGAGAUUACAGAGCUAGAGAAGAGGGUGUCACAGCUGGAACCAAGUGCAGAGAACCUUCCCAAAGUUCAGGCCCAGCUAGACUUAGCCAUGAUAGCCAAGCAGGAGAUAGAGUCAAAGGCCCAGAUCAUGGAGGAACAAUACAUGACGAAGGUCAAUGAAGCUGAUGAAAAGAAAGAGCAGUUGGAGAACAAGCUCAAGGAACUGGAUGCUGAGAUGAACUCCAAGCUAAUGGAAGUCAAGGAGCAGAAGGAAAAGAUUGAGGAAGACUUCCUCAAUAUGAGGGUGAACAAAGAUAAGGAAAUUGCUAAACUGAAGGAACAGGUUAAAAGUCGGCCAGCCAUUGUAGAUAUGGACAUUGCACGACCAAUGAAUGUCAAGGCAUCGACUCCAACCCCGCCCACUCAAGUCAAAAAUGCAUCAGUACAGACCACAGAGGAACUCCUUCCAGUAGCACAGCCAUCACAGCCCACACAAACACCAGCCCCUCCCUCUGGUGCCCCAGCCCCUCCUCCUGCCCCACCCCCACCUCCACUUCCACCAGGGGUAACAAUUCCUGCCCCUCCCCCUGCUCCUCCACUGCCUCCAGGUACCCCAGCCCCUCCUCCAGCACCUGCCCCACCUCCUGCUCCCCCUCUCCCUGGUGGUGUAGCACCUCCCCCAGCCCCUCCCCCUCCUCCCCCAAUACCUGGUGCUCCAGCACCUCCCCCAGCCCCUCCACCUCCAUUUGGUGCCCCAGUUCCUCCCCCUCCACCCCCACCCCCUGGUGGUGCCCCAAUUCCUCCACCACCUCCUCCCUUACCAGGUGGUAUACCCCCACCACCCCCUCCUCCUGGUGGUGCCCCUCCCCCACCACCUCCCCCAGGUGCCCCUGGGUUUGCACCAGGUCCACCUAAACCUGUUGUACCUCAGUUGCCCUAUGGAAUGAAGCCAAAGAAGAAGUAUGAAGUUAAGGAGCAAACAAAACGUAUCAAUUGGGAAAAGAUACCAACUAAUAAACUCAAGGAAGACUCAUUUUGGGUCAAAGCAGAAGAGGCCAGGUUUGAAGAUGACUUCAUAUUUCAGUCAUUAGUGGAGAACUUCAGUGUCAAAAAGCCUGUGAAAAAGGAUGCUCAAGUUGAGGUAGCAAAUGAAAAGAAAGGUAAAAAGGUCAAGGAUCUCCGAGUGCUGGAUCCCAAAUCUGCCAUGAAUCUCUCUAUGUUGCUAGGAUCUCUGAAGACUCCGUACAAGGAAAUUCGUCGUAGAAUCCUGGAGGUGGACGCCGAACACCUGACCACGGGAAUGCUGGAACAACUCAUCAAGUACCUACCCGAGCCCGAGCAGAUCAAGGAGCUGGGCGCACUCAAGGAGGAGUACGAUGAUCUCGCCGAGGCUGAGCAGUUCAUUGCCACGAUCUCAGAUAUCAAGAGAAUCAAGCCGCGUCUGCAGUCCAUACUUUUCAAGAUGACAUUUAGUGAAGUGGUGGAUGGCAUCAAGCCGGAUUUGAUGGCAGCAACUGUAGCCUUGGAAGAAAUCAAGACCAACACAAAGUUUGCACGUAUUCUGGAACUCAUUUUGCUGGUUGGAAAUUAUCUGAACUCAGGCUCCAGGAAUGCACAGUCUUUGGGAUUUGACAUCAGUUUCCUUAGCAAGCUGAAGAAUACAAAAACACAGGACAACAAGUCGACGUUAGUACACUUUCUGGUUAGUAUAAUCGAGGAGAAAUAUCCGGAUCUGGUGCAGUUCCAGGACGACUUUACUUACCUGGAAAAAGCCUCCAAAGUUUCGGAUGAGUCGAUUCAGGGAAACUUCCGUUCCAUCGAAAAAUCUCUGAAGCAGGUGAAAGGUGAUUUGGAAAACUGUAAGAAGUCCUCAAUGGAAGGAGACAAGUUCCCAGAAGUCAUGGAGAGUUUUAUAGGUGAUGCUAAAGGCCAGUUUGAAGUACUGAACAAUAUGUACAAUAAGAUGAAUAGUCUGUUUGAAGAUAUGAGCAAAUACUAUUGUUUUGACAAGAAGAAAUACAACAUGGAGGAUUUCUUUGGCGACAUCAAAAUAUUUCAAGACAGCUUUAAGCAAGCCCUCAAGGAUAAUGCUAAACAAAGAGAGACCAAUGCUAGAUUACAACGUGCUAAAGAAGCCAAAGAGCGUGCUCAAAAAGAGAAGGAAGAGAGAAUGGCAGCUCGCAAAGAGGAUGAAAUCCAGGGCAAGAGAAUUCCAACACGAGGACUUGGCCCAAAGGAUGAUGAUUUGAAGGGUGCAAUGGACAAUCUGCUUGAUGCACUGAAGACAGGAUCAGCAUUCAACACGGCCCGCAGGAAGAGAAAUCCAAGACCUCAUGGUGAUGGAGAAGUGAAAGGAAUGAGGAAGAAACCAAUAGAUAUUAUGGCCAUGCAGGAAGAUUGCUGAAUAAUCCAGGGAGAUUUGGUGGAGAAACCCUUCCACAGCAAAUAUCAACAUGCAAAACAUACCUCUUUUAAUGGAAAAGUGGACCAGUCUUUAAUUUUUUUGCGUCUUCCGAUCGGAUAUCCUUUACUAGAUUUAACUAGAUUUUAUUUUUUGAUAUAUGUAUAUUAAAACUAUUUAACUUUUUUUUUUUUUUUUUAGGAAAUUUGGAUGAUGUAGAUAUAUAAAUAGAUGUACAUGUAUUUGUUUUUAUACUCUAGCAAGCAUAGUUUUACUUUUCUUAGCACCUGUAUAUUUUGAUUACAUGGAGUGCACAUCCAGAUAAGAGAUGUUUUUCAAGUCAAGAUUUAUUGAUUGUAUACAAUUAAAUGCUAAGUCUAUCCUUUUCUCUUCUGCAGCAACCUUUAAUACACUAAUUAAGAGAGAUAUUUAGCUCUCACUAGGUGAGAAUCUUUCAAAACUUACAUGUUAUUCUAAAAUCUGUUUAGUAAUUUUUA